CACAACGGUUUUCCAGAGAACUCACACGUUACGUGACAGUGCUAAGUCGGAUGUGGUGUGUUGAGUUAAUAAUCAUUUGAUUUUAUGGCCUCAAAGCAAGACGGCUAAACCUUGGUAGCACUGUGCAAUAUGAUAUUUUUAAAAACUUGAAUUUAUAUUGAGGGCUAUUUUUAAUUUUGUACGUGCCCUUGAAAGGCUUGCAACCAAUGAUGUCUCUUUGAAGAGUUGUUACUGUUGAACUGUGUUGUGUAAUACACAGUGAUGGAGAACUCAGCAGGUGAGACAGCAACUCUGGAGGACACGGAUAAGCGAUGUUUCAAGUCGGGAUCCGUCUUCAGGCCCUCAGAAGGGAAACGUCACCUAUCCAUGUCCUCCAGAGAUACUAUAUUACCUGCUGAGUACCGAGUUUAAAUCCAUGUUUUUGUCGCGAUUUAAAAUUAGUUCAGGAGGCCAUUUGCAUUGUAAGAGGUAAUAUUUCAGCGCUUUUCUUUGUAGAAACAGGAUUCUCCCUGAAGAAGUAUGAAUGAGCUGUCUUCAAAUGGACAUCCUUUUCUUUGUGGGGCUGCCUCCUGCUGGGGUAUGGUUCCACAAGUGCCAGUGGCCCUUCCGUACUUCACCCAAGAUUGGGAUCAACUCAGGAGAACUAUGACUGAGCUCUCUUUGAAAGGCCUUCCACUUCUACAAGAUCCAGUGAUCGGGGAGCUAUUCGCGGAGAAACAGGCUGUGGAUUUGAAGAAAGAAGAGAAGCUGAAGAAGAACAGGGAGGCUAUGAAGAAGCACCGGGAAGAAGAGACGGAGGAUCAGAGAGCAGACAGGCUGCGCAAGAACAAGGAGGCGAUGAGAAUGCGCCGGCAGAUGGAGUCGGACGAGCAGCGAGAUGACCGGCUUCGCAAGAACCGCGAGGCGAUGAAGCGCUACCGCGACAUGGAGUCCGAGGAGCAGCGGGACGAGCGGCUGCGCAAGAACCGGGAUCUGAUCAAGGGCCGGCGGCAGCUGGAGUCUCAGGAGCAGCGGCAGGAACGGCUGCGGAAGAACUGGGAGCUGACCAAAGUCCGGCGCCUGGAGGAGACCGAGAAGCAGCGGAAACACCGGCUGCAGAGGAACUGGGACGGCAUCAAGAAGCGGCGGGAGCUGGAGACCGAGGAGCAGCGCAAGAAGCGGCUGCGCAAGAACUGGGAGGGGAUCAAGAACCGGCGGCUGCAGAAGAACGAGGGUGAGAAGGAAGACAUGUUGUGCAGGAUUUGGGAGGCCAUGAGACAGUUCACCCAUCAGGAAAUGCAGGAAGACAGAGACAAGCGCUGCCACCUGCUGGUGGACAGGGGGAUGGCGGAUGGCACCCAGGAUGAACGACUCCACAACAGAGACGCCCCCAGGUGCUGCUUCCAGCAGGACAUGGAGCCCAGGAAAUGAAAAGGACCGCUGGAUUUUUAAACCUGAUCAACACGUAAUUCCUAAAGCUGAAAUCUUUCCCCAAUAACGCUUGCCUGUUUUAGCUUGUGAACCACUGCUGGUUGCAUCAAAACGAUUCUCUGCUGUAAGACUUGGGAUUAAUCUCCAUACGUGGAAAUGGUGGAUGAAAUCCAUCUCAAUUCAUGGUGGUUUGGUGAUCCGAUGACUUAAAUAAUAUUGUCACAAUUGGGAACCUGGAGACCACUCUCAAGUUAACCACUCGAAGUGGGAGCUAUAUGUUUGAUUCCUUGGCAAUAGCAACUGAGCACACUAAAUGCUGGAGUAACUCAGCGGGACAGGCAGCGUCUCUGGGUAGAAGGAAUGGGUGACGAUUCGGCUCGAGACCUGAAG